AAAUUUGUUUAGAAGAGAAACGUUACACCACCGCAUUUCAUCUCCCGUACAAUUGUCUUCACUUUCAGUCGAAGUCGUCACAGACAAACUCAGUCUUAUGUUCGUCAACCGAAAUCCUCACGCUCAAUGCGAUUACAGCUCAAAAUCACGCAGAAGGAAGUGCCGCUUGAGCCACCAUCAAACUGAGACUAAAUGCCGCUCUCCGCCUCCUUUAGCCGCCGGUUCACCGCCGCUCUUUUGACCUAUAGAUAUUCUAUUCUGGUCCGUGGAUUCCGAUCAGACGCCGCUUUGGAAGCCAUACGCAAGGCGUCGGAAAACAAAAUCCCGAACUUGGUCUUGUACAACUACCCCUCAUUCUCUGGAGCUUAUGGAGCACUGUUCGCUCACCUCUACCACUUUCGACUCAACCUCCCUUGCCUCAUUUUGCCUUUCUCUGCCGUUGCACCCUUCAGUGUUGAAGACUUAUGCAUUGAAGGAAUGAAGACAUGCUACCUUCUAGAUUUUCUGGGUCCAAAAGGUUUUGCUUUGGAGCUUUACAUGCGAACAACAUCCAAGGUUAUUGGAUUUGAUCAUCGAAAAUCAGUGCUUUCACAAAUUUCUCCAAGGGAAGAUUCUGAUAUCAACAUUUCCUUUUAUGUGAAUAUUGAGAAGAGUAGCUCCACUGCUGCAUAUGAAUAUUUCUCUGCUAAACUUUCAGAGACCAGAUGUGAUAAUGGUGAUAAGAUGAGCCUGUUAAACCAGGCAGACCGAGAGCGGGUUGAGAUGAUUCUCAAGUACAUUGAAGAUGGAGAUCUUCAAAAGUGGAGUCUACCUGAUAUUAGACCAUUUAAUAUUGGACUAAGAGAAUGGCGCUCGAAAUUGAACUGUAUCACUAAUUCGUGCAUGUAUCAACAGUUGAUGGAAAUCUGCUCUAUGGACUUAAUCAUGAAGGGAAGUACCUAUCUUUCUCAUCGACAGAUUGAUGCAAGUAAGCUGCUCCAUAAGGUUUUUAGAGUUCGGUUGGGCCGAGGAUUCUAUGGGGAGUGUCUGGGGGUUAGAGCUGAUGCAAAUUCAGAUUUCAGUGAUGAAAUGGGUAUGGAACUCAGCCGAAGGAGUGCAGCUGCUGGGCUACGGCCUAUUGGAGCUGUUAUAUACAUGCAGCGUAACAAUCUAAAAAUGUGCCUCAGGACUGUAGAUAGCAGUACUGAUACUUCUGAAGUUGCUAAGGCAUAUGGUGGAGGGGGUUCCCCAAAUUCCAGCUCCUUUAUCAUUCGAAUGGAUGAGUAUAACCAAUGGCUUUCAACACAAUCACCACCAACAAGAUGCCCAAGUCAUCGUAACUGAUACCAGAAAUCUUGCAAUUCUUGGUAUGCUAUAUAAAAGAUUAAUAUCUGACAGUCACCUGGUUCGUUGUGGCUGUAAUGAUGCUGAUCGGAAGGGGGAAGAUAAAAGCAAUGGC